CCCUCCGCUCCGCCCUUUCCCCCGAGGGGCUCGGUCGCCCGCGCUCUUUCUGCGCUCAGCCAGAGGCCAGCGGGAGGGGGUUAUGGGCGGCCUCUUGGGGCGCGCCGCGCUGCCGGGGCUGCUGAGCGGUCCGCGGGCCCCUGACCCGAGACUGUUCGUACGCCCCAGCUCGGGAGGGGCCUCCUGGACACGGGAGCGGACCCUGGUUGCCGUGAAGCCAGAUGGGGUGCAGCGGCGGCUUGUUGGGGACGUGAUCCAGCGCUUUGAGAGGAGGGGCUUCAAGCUGGUGGGGAUGAAGAUGCUGCAGGAACAUCAUCCAUGCCAGCGACUCCGUGGAGGGGGCCCAGAGGGAGAUCCAGCUGUGGUUUCAGAGCAGCGAGCUGGUGGACUGGGCAGACGAAGGCCACCAGAGCGGCAUCUACCCACCAUGAGCACUCAGGCUGCCAUUAGCCACCCCAGCAGCCGCCCAGGAUCAGCUACCUCUGUCGUCCCAGACUUGAGCGCACACCGUGGUAUGCCGGUUGGCCCCAGAACACCUUCCAGUCUACCUUCUGCCCCACCCCAGCCCAGAGGGGUUGAGCAACCAACUUUACGUGCCUUUUAGAAUCCUAAGCCAGUAAGAGAUCCACUUUCUGGACCAAAGUGUCAGACAACCUUCAGGAUAUCUUCAAAAGUGUGUCAUGUAACCUCCCUUCCCCAAAACGUGGGUGGGAUAUUAAAAUUCACUGUGUUGGGUGUAUGUGUGUGUGUGGGGGGUUGAUUAUUACAGUUUUUGCCAUUUCUGAAGUAGGGAUGAGGACUUCAUACAAAGUUGUAAGAGUUUGAGAGUAGAAAUAAAGUUUACUCUCACACACCA